UUACCUCAGCAGCUCGCUCCUUCCACUCAUACACACUCACGCAAACCUCCAACAUGGCUCCUGGCAGAUAGUGUAGUGAGAGGAGGCAAAAGAAGAUCUUGGCACGGCAAGUCUUCCUACCCACGAUUUCUGACGACAAUUUACAGGAUUCUGACAACCCCAAUCUUGUAAUUUGUUGUGCUUUUUGAAGAGUUCUCUAGACAAUCUGAUUUUGUUCUACAGUGGCUAAAUCAGUACCAUGUGAUUUGUCUCCCCUUGCUGCCAUUUAGAAUCCAAAUCGACAGCCGUGACCGAGAAGGAAGCAAAAUUAAAGUCCAAUGUAGCCGCAUUCGGCUGUCCCUAAAUGGCAGCACGGGGACCGCCAGAUGACAAGAAUCAUGAGAGAUUGUACGUUAAGGUGCAGAGGGAAGAACGUCAAAUCAUUCCCCCUGUCCAGCUAGCUCGACAAGAGAUCAAAAUGACCUAUCUGCCCUCGGAUCAACCACUGCCAUGUAUCAUCACUACCUCAUCUUCAUGCGAGGGCAGACAACAGGAAACGGAAGGAAUUGUGGGUAUGGAAGUCAGUCCAAUGGGAGCACAAAGCAGGGCUGCUGUGCCAAACAUGGCUGGUCCCCAUGGCAGCCAAAUUACGACCACAUCUGUCAUGGAGAUGUCGUCAACUCUGACGACAUCUUCCAGCAAAAAAGCAAAAGUGGAAGUGAAAUCUUCUAGUGUUUUAUUUCAAGAGGAGGAUUUGUUACCACAUGCUCAAGUUCUGGAAUUCUUUGAAGAACAUGGAAAAAAUAUACAAGAGCAACAACUUCAUCAACAGUCCAGAAAUCUUGUUCCUCAGCAACAUAAACGAUCAGCAAGUCCUAGCCCAGUUAGACAAAGCAUGGGGCUGGAUCAUCUCGAUAACCUAGUCAAACUAAUGGAACAACUCUCAACACUGAGAGAUGAAAAUCUGAAACUGAAGAAAAAAUGUGAUUACCUUGAAAGUACUAAACACCUUUUACAGAUUAAAAGUGCAGUGGAAUCUGAAAUUGGAUAUUUAACUCAAGGAUCUAAUUCACUUCCAAAAGCUAAAUCCAAAACAAAAAGUGUUGGAAGAAGCAAAACGAGACAACGACUUCCAAGUGCUGAAGAUGCUCAAAUUUUAGAAAGCAUGGAAGUGCACUCAGAAAGCAGUAUUAAAAGACCAAAAGCAGUCCCUCUCAGCAAGAGAAGUUUCUCCACUGGUUCCAUCGACAUUCCAUCUGAUAUCAUGGAACAAUCAGGGGAGGAUGAAAUAUCAGAAAAAAUCCUGAGUCUAUCCACCAACAAAGGAAGGAGAAGUAGCCGCAGCAGCUCAAAGGCUGCAAAGUCUCCUACAGCAAAACGCAAAUCCAAAACUUCGAACUGGUCAAAAAUCAUCAAAGUCAUAACAAGACAGAAAGAUCCAGAACCCUAUGGUAUCAGUGUAAAAGGCAGUAGAAAAUCCCAGCCAGGCAGACCACAUAGCAAAGAGCUGACCGUGCCAUCUUCUGCUAUUGAUGGAAGAUCUGUGGACAGUGGGGUGGGCAGUGGUAUGGAAGCUGAUGGCACAGAGGCACAGCGAAGAUCCACUUCCUCAGGAGAGCCCAUGAGUCCCCCUCCUUUCACUAAAGAGGAGCCAAGGCAAAGACAAGAGUUGGACCUAACAUCAGAUAUUUGGAUGGGGCCUCCAGAGUGGAUUAAAAAACACGAGGAUGAAUUUUCUACUUUAACAUCCGAUCAGAGUGAAAAAGAAGUCAUAAUUCUAAAACCGAAUGACAGCAAAGAUGACUCGGAUUAUCUUCAAGUCCCCAUCACACGCAGGAAAUCGAGCCCAUCUUUGUUGGACCACAGUGACCGAGAAGAGGACUCCUCAGAUGAGGAGGAGGAAGACUUUACUCUAUUGAGGAGGUCCUCAAGUUAUAAAAUCCAAUCGACACAUGAUAAUUCUGACAUCAAAGAUGUUGUGGACUCUCCCAAAAUUAUCAAGAAAACCCAUAAAACACCACUAGGAAAAGUGGGAAAGAUUUUCCAUGUACGCAAAGAUAGCGUAAAGAAACAAUCGAGUAAAAAACAGAAACAUCUCGGGGAGGAAGGCUUGGAGAUGGAUUUGGAAGGGGAGGAUGAAGGACCCAUUGGUAGAUCAACCCCUAAAACCUCACCUUCAGUGCCAAGACAGCGGGCCCUGGAGAUGGCGGAGUCCCCACCCUCCAAGUCAUUCACAAGUCAUGGAACUUUUGAUGUCUCUGCAUUGAUGGGUGGCAUGUCGGAUGAGUUUUCAAAGAAAAUGAAGGAAUGGAAUGAGUUGCAGACGACAAAGAGGUUUUCAGCAUCACAGAGAGAUGUUGAAGGGAGUGAAUCUAUAAUUCCUGAACAAAUUGCUGCAGUUUCUCCAGAAUUCCAGAAGAAAAUGGAUGAAUGGGAAAGAACAAGAAGUAUCAAAUACACAAGUGAUGACCACGACAAGUCCGCAAGUAGGGAGUCCCGUGAGGGUUCCCCAGAGGCGUUUACUCCACCCGACACCCUAGGUCAGUCAAUCAAUAUCGAGGAAAUUCAGAAAAAACUCACUGAUAGUUUCUCACGCAAGAUGGAGGAGUGGGAAAAACAGAAAUACAAGCCAAGGGAAGGGAGUCCAGGACUGGUCAGGAAAGACAGCGGAGGAAAAUCCAUCGUCCGAAAGGAGGAGCGACAGAAAAGUAGGAAAAUGAAAGAUGGGAAAGGGAAACUAGAAAGACAGAGAGAACGAGAACUUCAGAGAGUAGAAAAAGAACAACAAAAGUUAGAGAAGGAAAAAAUGAGACUGGAAAAAGAGAGACUGAAGGCAUUAGAGCGUGAAGCCAGGAUAGAGAAGAUGAAGGGUCGUCUCAGUCAGUCCGACAUGGAUACCAAAUUCAAAAACCCAGUGCUUAGUCCUCUAGCCGAAUAUAAAGUGACAUCUGAUUUUGCUAAAAAGUUGCAUCAGUGGGAGUUGAGGAAAGGAUCAGGAUCUGUUUCUAUGGCAACUUAUCUGGAAACCCAACAAAAAAGUCUAGGACAAAGUCCAAGUCCUGACAGCUCCACAAAGAAGGAAACUUUUACAGUGGAAGAGGAACCACAGGCUCCCACAAGGAAGCUCUCCAGGGGCCAGAAGCCGCCACCUCUGACCCUGAUGCCAUGCUCCGACUCUCCUGAUGAAGUGUCACCAGGUGCUAGGUCAAGGUCUUCCCUGGACAGCUUUGAAGAUGAAACUUCAAUAACCACAGAGAGUAUGACCGAGUCUAAUAUAUCCAGUUUGGAGAAAGCCAAUGCCCGUCUGCUGGAGGAGUUACAGGAGAAAGAGCUGGAGUAUGCUAAUCUACAGGAGGAGGUCCGUGACCUUAACGACAAACUCAACAAAGCCAGGAUACAACAUUCCAAGGAACUAGAACAGUAUAAAGAAUGCCUUGCAGGUGGGAGUGCUGUUCCCCCCGUGUCCCCCCUCAACAUGUCCAACCAACUGACCGAGCUCGAAUCCAAGAUCCAGGAGCUGAAGAGCUUCGGAGAAAACCUUGCUGUAACACUGGAAAGUGCUGCGGUAUGCAAAUGGCAGUCCAUAGAAGGAGAAGAAAACGUCAACUCAAGGUUGAUGGACCUGUUAGAGAAGAUGAGGCAGAUGUUGAUCCAAGCUUCUCAGUCAGAAGAAGUCUACCAGAAAUCCUCAGCGCUGCACAGCUUUGAGAAGCUGUACAGUCAGGCGAUGCAGUUACAGGUGCAGCUGAGCAACCUAAGACUGAGCCAGAUAGAACGUAACAAGGAGAUCAUGUCCAUGAAGAGGCAGCUGCUGCUACAGGAAGCCAACAACCUGUUGCUGCAGGCAGACAUCACUCGCCGGGAGACAGAGUUGCUGCGCUACAAACAGGUAGCCAAGAAGAACCCCAGUCUCAAACGCUGGAACACGUAUGGCGGAAUGGAGGGGCGUGUGGUGGAAGGCAAAGAAGCGGAGUCUGUUCCACCAUACAAAAGAUUCACCAAAAACAUUGCCAACAAGUCAGCUGUGAGUGCAACAGAGGAAUUUCAUGAUGCUUCAGAACCAAGUACCUCAGAUACAAGUAAAGACGAUAGCUUGAGAACUGAUGAUGCAUCUCCCAUGGUCACCCGUCAUUCAGACACAAAAAGCUCAUCCUCAAUUCAUGUAUCACCAGUCAUUCAUACCAUACCAAUGACAUCUCUAUCAUCUGAGGAAGCAACCAUACCCAACAAGGAACAAGUGGAGGAAAUUCCAGAGAAGUACGAAUCUACAGUUGUUGUUCCAGCCAGUCAAAACCAGAGACAGGUUAUUCACACAGACAAAGGAGUGGAAAUAUCACUUACCAUCAAGCUACCUAAAGCUAAUGUUAGCUUGCCCAGGGACAUCUCACAGCAUGAACUUAGUGUGCCUAGGAGCCAGAGAGAGAAACACGUGGAACCCUCCACAGUGGCAAUGUGUCAAGUUAGUGAACUGAGUGAAUCUUGCUCUUCCUCUGAUAUCACAGAAAUGAAGUUCCCAGAACUAUUGAUACCAGAGUGGAAAAAGACGACAGAUAAAAGCCUGCAGCAGGUGGAGAGUCAUGAGGUGGACGAGGCCAUCCUCAGCACCUCGGUGCCAUCUGUGGCCAGUCAACCUCUAAAUGAUUCCAUUCAAGUGACCUCCGACUCUUCCCAGUCUGACUCGGGGCGUUUCACAUCCGUAUCUGGCGAAGCAUCAAAACUGAAAGCUGAAGAACAAAGUGUGCCUGUUAUCACUGAAGAGCAGGCCAAAUCCCUGGAACAGCUGAACCAAAACAAGAGACACACUUUUACGGGAGUGAUGGAUACAGGCUCUGAUACCGCCAUAGCAGCUAAACCAUACAAGCAAACAUCAGUCACAAUAAGUCCAUUAAUUGGUAGAAGAACUUACGAGUCAAGUGUUCAUUGGCCUAAAAUGAGAAAUAUAGCUAACAUUCACCGUAUCAAACCAGCUGAAGAGCUUCUACAAGAAAGCAGAAGAUAUAGACAAGGCCAGUCUAUCUACAUGACAAGAAUUCUACAAAAAUAUGCACUCAGUGAAGAAACAAAAAAGUAUUUUGAUGAAAGACAAAUGAGUUUUGACAAAGAAAAUUUUGCUCAUCAUGGCUAUGUGAAAACCAUAGUGCAACGUUUAUCGCGGGAAGGGACACCUGAAUCAGGUGGAAGCUCAAGCAACAUAUCCGUGAAGCCAGGUACCUCAAUCACCAUCCACAGGGCGGAUUCUCCACGCGCGAAGUCUGAAUUUGUCCAGCAAAUUGUACGAAAAUUAUCUGCUCCCACUGGUCCAGGCCAGUCUAGAACUGGUGUGGCUCCAUUAAAAGAUCUAACCAAUGGUGUAGGUGUUAAGAAAUUAGCUCAAGCUUUCGACAGUGGAAGAAAUACUCCAGAAAGAACUCUUUCUGAUACCGAACAAAAGCCAUACAAAUCUGUUUUAGUGACAAGCUUGAGAAAACGUAGUCAUGAUCUUGGUCAUAUUUCCUUUGAUUCAUCCUCAUCUACUUCAACCUUAACUUCUCCAAACACUACAGAAGAAUUUGAUCCCUAUGAUGGCAGGAAAGCAGAUUCAGCUAUAAGUGAACAUGUGAUAAACUAUUCUUCAAUGCCUUUGUUGAGUGUAGCAGAAGAGGACUCCUCAGAUACUAAUAACGGAUACCGAGAGCGAGCAGCCACCACUACGACAUGUGAGUCGAGUUCUGAAGCAGGAGUCAGGAGCAGCCAAAUUGAAGAGAUCCAUGCUUUCUCCGACAGCAACAUUACCUGUCCCUCAACCAGCAAGCGCCACAUCUCUCACAAAACCAUAGUCCCGGCUGGUGCCUCCAAAAUGGAAAUAGUAUUUCCCCAAAGACUCACAGAAAAGGGCAGUGGCAAAGUGAAGAUGGGAACAAUAGGGCUGCUGUGUCAACAGACAAUGUUGUCCUUCGAUCUCGGCCUGACAAUGAAAGCAGAGCAGCAGCAGAAGGAGACGGCAGAGGUCAAACUCAGAAAAAAGAGCGACGUGGAGGAGGACCGACCCAGACCGCAUUCCACCGGGUCCGACACGUCAAGUGAAGACAAGAAAAAAGCCAAAUCUAAAUUCUUCGAAUCCAACUGGUUGCAAAGACCACGAAGGUUUUUCAAAGUUUCGAAAUGCUGCAAUAGAACCGCUUCAGACAAUAAUUAUGUUUUUGAUAGAUGAAGGAGCUUUUGAAAAAAAAUUUAUCCGGAGAUUGAUGCUGACACAUACCGAGUGUGGAAAGGUCUGAAACACUGGAGUCGUGUUACACAGGAAGUCUGCCACAGUUACCAUGGAAACGAUCACCAGUUUCCAUGACACUCAGAGCUGGCAAUUCCAGGAAGAUCAUGAGACAAGCAAGCCCAAAAGCAGAUGAUCGAAGACCGUCCUGUACAAGCGACUAACUGGUCCGCAGCCAUGGCUGGACCAAGCGAGAGCCGCAAGCCAAGGAAAGACGAGAGAAUCAACACUCUACAUGAAAUCAUUCUUUUAAAAACAAAUCUCCAUAAACGACCUUUAUUUCAGCAGAAAUAUUUCGCAGUAGCUUUGCAACCCAAACAAACAAAAUGAACAAUUUGUGCCUGGAAGUAAAGUAAUUCUAGGAAAACAACCAGUAUUUAUUUUUCGUUUUGUUUCUUUUUUUAUUUUUCAUUGUCAUUGACAAUUGAAUGCUCUGACCAAAUCUGUGAUGAUCUAGUCACAUGUCAUUUCAUUAGAUAAAAUCUGGACACCUGGUUAGCAGACUAUCUUCCAUAUUCAAUGUCCUACCACUCCUUACUCAUAGUCACAUUUGUCCAUUUAGUCAUAGACAACUUACAGGGAACACGAUGAAGACGUAGUCAUGUAUAUGGUGGAAUGAACUUAGGUAAUAAAUUAUAAAAAGUAGAAUACCGGUAAUAUAUUCUUUAGAAAUCAAGAAGAGAAAAAAAAUUGUAUAAUUUAGAAGUAAAAAAUUGUAUUCUUAUUUUCAAGUUUGAAAUAUAUUUUGUGUAGUCACCACAAAAAAAAAGGUUUUCUAAAUACAUAUUUGUAGCAUUAAAUGCAUAUAUAAGGUUAUUUACUUAAUAUUAUACUUGAAGAAGGUAGCAUUAAAUGCAAAACUUGCCAAAUUCAAAUUAUGUGCUGUACCCUGACUUUUAAGUGGAAUCUCCAUUGUUUAGACUUAUGAGUUCUACUAAGUUUUAUGACUUUUCUCUGAUGCAUUUACAACUGACAAAAUGGUGCUAUGUACAGAUUUCAUGCAGUUUGUGUGUUUGAUAAAUGAUGUCAGAUUAAAACAAGUUUGAACGUUA